GCGUUAGGGAAAGGUAGGGAUUUCCGGCUCCGGUGUCAUGGACGGCUCCUACACUGAAGGUACGCACACCGCGGUCUGCGGGAAGAGGCAGCAGUUCGGGAGCCGGUUUCUGAGCGACCCGGCGCUCGUCUUCCACCACAAUGCCUGGGACAGUGUGGAGUGGUCAGAAGAGCAGGCCGCGGCGGCGGAGAGGAAAGUCCAGGAGAACAGUACCCAGCGGGUGUGCCAGGAGAAACAAGUUGAUUAUGAGAUCAAUGCCAACAAAUAUUGGAAUGACUUCUACAAAAUCCACGAAAAUGGGUUUUUCAAGGAUAGACAUUGGCUUUUUACUGAAUUCCCAGAGCUGGCACCUAGCCAAAACCAAAAUCACUUGAAGGAUUUGCUCUCAGAGAACAAGGGGAGUGAAGUGCCUGCAUGUAGAAGCAGUGAGGAUGAAUCUGGUUUAAUAAUAGAAGCACAGCACAGUUGUUCUUCAGUCAGCCAUGGACAUAAAACACAGCCAUCUCCUGUGGAAGAGAAUGUAACUCAGAAACUCCGUCACCUGGAAAUUUGUGCUGAUGAGUUUCCUGGAUCCUCAGCCACCUACCGAAUACUGGAGGUUGGUUGUGGUGUGGGAAACACAGUCUUUCCAAUUUUACAAACUAACAAUGACCCAAGACUCUUCGUUUACUGUUGUGAUUUUUCUUCCACAGCUGUAGAACUGGUCCAGACAAAUUCAGCAUAUGAUCCUUCUCGGUGUUUUGCCUUUGUUCACGACCUGUGUGAUGAAGAUAAGAGUUACCCGGUGCCCGGGGAUAGUCUUGAUGUCAUCAUCCUCAUAUUUGUUCUCUCAGCAAUCAUUCCAGACAAGAUGCAAAAGGCUAUCAACAGGCUAAGCAGGCUUCUGAAGCCUGGAGGGAUGAUGCUUCUGCGAGAUUAUGGCCGCUAUGACAUGGCUCAGCUUCGGUUUAAAAAAGGUCAGUGUCUGUCUGAAAAUUUCUAUGUGAGAGGCGAUGGCACCAGAGUGUACUUCUUCACGCAAGAUGAACUGGAUGCACUUUUCACUACUGCUGGACUGGAAAAGGUUCAGAACCUGGUGGAUCGCCGGUUGCAAGUGAAUCGAGGGAAACAACUGACAAUGUACCGAGUUUGGAUUCAGUGCAAAUAUCGUAAGCCUCUUCUGUCCAGCACCAGCUGAGAGGCACCUGCUCCUGACAGGCGAGGUCACUGGGGCUUUUUUAAAAGAA